GAGUCAACCAGGCAAUGAAAAUUUUACUAGUAUAAACCCUAUGAGGCAAAUUCGCGGUUGGCCCGUGAGAACAGAGUGUGGAGGUGGUGGCUCGAUUUGAAUGUUUAUUCAUGUAGAAGUCAUAUGUAUCUUUUAAUAGAUGGCAUCUUCGUCGUCUGUUAGAUCGUGGAGGACGGCGUUUCUGACGCUCAGGGAUGAAACCUCAAGCGGUGCUCCUGCAGGCACCUCAACUGAUGAACUUGUCCACAAUCUUAUCUUCGCUAAUUCCCAUUCUCUCAUCUCUGCUGCCUCCGACCUCCCUCCUUACGAGGUCACCUCCGAUGUGUUGUUUUUACUGGAAUUGGUGGCAAAUGUGAAUGCUUCAGCUUGUAGGCGUGGAGAAGACAUCACUCAAACACUUACACUUACUAGCCACUUGGUUCACAGCAUAUUCAAUCUUGUUUCCUUUGAAUUCAACUCCUCCUCUUUCACUGUCAUCCUUGACUCUUUUCAAAGCAUGGUUGCUUUUUUCUUUGGUCAAGGUGUUCCCAGAGCUGUUAUUUCACCAAAUGCUACUAAAUUUAAACCUGUCAUGGAAUGUCUAGAGACUAUAAGACGUGUUACCAGUGUAUAUCAAGGAAAGUUCUCACCUUUAGAAAGUAUUCAGUUAAUAAAAUUCCUUCUGCACAUCCUUGAAUGCUUUCAUCCAGAAUUUGUCUAUUUAUAUAAUUCAAAUGCCAACAAUUCGAGGUCUACUGCUGAAACUGGAAAGAGGUUUCCUGGAUUCACUUGUUUAUGGGAUGUUCAUACUAUUGCCUUUACUAUGCUUGCUGAUGCAUUCUCAAGUGCUGGGUCUUUUUUUCCGUUUGACAUUUGGCACUCUACCAUUGAGGUUCUUAGGAAAGUAAUGGAUGUUUUCGCAUCUAAGAGUGUGCUUGUGGAAGGCAGCAUUUUGUCCAGGUUUUAUUUAUCUCUGCUGCAUUGUCUACAUCUAGUUCUUACUGAUCCCAAAGGCUCCCUAUCUGACCAUGUGUCUGGUUUUGUAGCAGCAUUAAAAUUGUUCUUUGUUUAUGGCCUUAAUAUAAGACCUCAAGUUACAUCUCCAUCUGUUGGCAACAACAUGCCUGAUUUAGUGAGCCAUAGUUUGACUAUGGAAGAGUCUAAAAAGGAAGAUAAAACACCUUAUAGGCCGCCACACUUGCGCAAAAAGGACUUAAAUAUCAAGUGGCCAAAAGCUCAGGAUUCUCGAAUUUCCACUGACCAUGAAACUUCUACUGUUGAUUUCACAUCAUCAGAUUCAGAUUAUAGUGACAGUGAUGGCUCACUUAAAGGCCCUGAUUGUGCUCAGAGUUCUAAGGUCAGAGUAGCUGCAAUUGUUUGCUUGCAGGAUCUUUGCCAAGCUGAUCCUAAAUCAUUUACAACCCAAUGGACAAUUCUUCUGCCCACCAAUGACGUACUACGACCAAGGAAGUUUGAAGCGACUCUGAUGUCAUGCUUGCUAUUUGAUCCUUACUUAAAGGCAAGGAUGGCAUCUGCCUCAACUCUGGUGGCCAUGAUGGAUGGGCCUUCAUCUGUUUUCCUGCAGGUAGCUGAAUACAAGGAAUCUUUUAAAUAUGGAUCUUUCAUGGCACUUUCAAGUUCUCUUGGGCAGAUACUAAUGCAACUACAUAGUGGUAUUGUAUACUUAAUCCAACGUGAAACUCAUGAUAGAUUGCUGACAUCCCUGUUCAAGAUUCUUAUGCUUUUGAUAUCCUGCACACCAUAUUCAAGGAUGCCUGGGGAGUUGUUGCCAAGAGUGAUCACAUCUCUGCGAUUAAGGGUUGAAGAAGGAUUUCCAUUAAAAAAUGAUCAAACUGGCCUUUUGGCUGCUGCUAUUAGCUGCUUAACAGCAGCUCUAUCUACAUCACCUUCCCUACCACAAGUGAAAGAAAUGUUUUUAGAGGAAAUAUCGACAGGUUCGGUUGAUACUGAAAUGAAGCCAGGUGUUCUCUCUACAUUAUUUCAAUGUUCUGAACGGCUAACAAGCCCAACAGUAUGCUUUGAGGCUCUUCAGGCCCUCAGAGCUGUGUCACACAAUUACCCGAACAUAAUGUUAGCAUUUUGGAAGCAUGUUUCCACCAUUGUUUUCAGAAUUGUGAAAGCAUCUACUGCAGAAGUUCCUACCAAGACAUGGAAGGGAAAUGUUGGAUCUGUCGGUUUUAUUGGUGAAAAGGUCAUUACAGCUGCUAUCAAGGUUCUUGAUGAAUGUCUUCGAGCAAUAUCUGGAUUUAAAGGAACUGAGGAUCUUUUAGAUGAUAAAUUAUUGGAUACCCCAUUUACUUCUGAUUGUAUAAGGACAAAGAAAAUAUCAUCAGCUCCAUUAUAUGAGCAAGGGAGUCCAGAAGAUACGAGAGAAGAAGCAAAAGCUUCACACUCUGGAAGUGAGCAGUGGUCUGAGACAAUUGAGAAGCAUAUGCCACUUAUUUUACAGCAUACUUCUGCAAUGGUGAGAACUGCAACAGUUACUUGUUUUGCGGGUAUAACUUCUUCUGUGUUUAUCUCUCUUGCGAAAGAAGCACAGGACUUCAUUAUAUCUUCCGUAAUCAAUGCUGCUUUACAUGAUGAAGUUCCUUCAGUUAGGUCAGCUGCCUGUCGUGCCAUUGGUGUCAUCUCAUGUUUUCCAAAAAUUUCUCACAGUGCAGAGAUCCUCGGAAAAUUUAUCCAUGCUGUUGAGAUUAACACCUCUAAUCCAUUAGUCUCGGUGCGUAUAACAGCCUCGUGGGCUUUGGCAAAUAUAUGUGAUUCUCUUCGUCACUGUAUAGAUGAUUUUCCCUUGAAACCAUCUCCAGAUAAAAAUGUGAACUCCCAGAUGGUGGAAUCAUUGACUGAGUGUGCUUUGCAUUUAACAAAGGAUGGCGACAAGAUCAAGUCAAAUGCUGUGAGGGCUCUUGGAAAUCUCGCAAGAUUUGUCAAAUAUAAAAGUUCGUCAUGUGUGCAUGGUAGUCUUGGAUGUGUAGCAAAUUCAUCCCAUCCUGCUUGUUUGGGAGAUUCACUGUGGCUGGAGAGAAUGGUGCAAGCAUUUCUUUCUUGUGUUACAACGGGAAAUGUUAAGGUUCAAUGGAAUGUUUGUCAUGCAUUGAGCAACCUUUUUUUAAAUGAGACGUUAAACCUUCAACACAUGGAUUGGGCUCCAUCUGUUUUUAGUAUUCUUUUACUAUUACUGCGUGAUUCCUCUAACUUUAAGAUCAGGAUACAGGCUGCUGCCGCUUUGGCUGUGCCAUCAUCAGUUCGUGAUUAUGGGAAUUCCUUCUCAGAUGUCAUCCAAGGACUUGAGCAUAUACUUGAGAAUUUAGGUUCAGAACCAAAUUCAGCACCGUCAAGCUUCAAAUAUAGAGUUGCACUAGAGAAGCAGUUGACUUCAACUAUGUUGCACGCUCUUAGCCUUGCUUCCAGCAGUGAUCACCAUCCUCUUAAAGAUUUUCUGGUGAAGAAAGCUUCCUUUCUUGAGGAGUGGUUUAAGGUGCUAUGCUCAUCACUGGUGGAGACAGCUUGUCAGCCUGAGUCUGAAAAUAAUUUUGGGAACCAAAAGAAAGAGAUGAUAUCCAAGGCCAUGCGAUCACUAAUUAAAGUUUAUGAAGGCCGGAAUCAACAUUCUAUUGCUAAAAAAUUCGAGAUGUUGGACAAUAACAUAUGGUGAAUGAGUGAUAUUCACGGGUUUGGUUAGUUACUUGUUGCAUUGUUGAUGCAUGGAUUUUGGCUCGUGAUUAUUUCAAGUUCAUAGCAUGUUAUAGUGGGUGACAAACACAAUCAUUUGUAGACUCCUGGAGGUGCAGUUGUCAGUGGACAGUCUGGUGAUUGAUAUCCUUGUGUGGCCAUGGUGCGCCCUGCCUUGAAGAACAUAGAACAGGGUGGUGAGGUAGGAGUUCACCUGUAGUCCACUGCAGUUGGUAGCUGAAUGUGGUAAUUUGGUUAUGGGAUUGCCCUACUGAAUGUAAUUUUGUGGGUUCUUUCAUGAUCUUUUUAUUUUAGUGCCAGCUUGCGAUAGAUGAUCCAAUGUCUUAUUAUGAAUGCCGCUACAUUGUAAAGUUAUAUAGUUUAUAUUCAGUUCGCCCAGUUGUUGCGAACUUUUGUGGCACUGCCGUGUGUAAUCUGUAACUCGCAUGCAUGUGUCGUACUUUUAAUGUAAACUCAAUGUAUAUGUAGACAAGUAUGUGGUGUCAUUAUUACUAAUAAGGAAGUCCAUAAUCACUCUUUUCUGCUA